CGAUGUUGUGCAGUGCAAUUUUGGGAGUGUAGGUUGUAUUUGUUCGUGUCAAAAAGUAUUUUUUCCAGUCUGGCUGCUGGCAGAAAUCGAUUAAAAUAUCAUUGUUUGUCGCGAUUUUUCAAUAGUAUCUCUUCUUUUUGACGCAAUGGUAAGCCGAUGUACAAGAAGGUAGAUUUAUUUCAGAUGUGCACCCGUCAACUUACAAGAAUUUUGUGAUUUUAUUUUUACAAUUUUAUGUGCAAAAAAGACGACACCAGCAAGAUCGUUUGUGAGAAGAACAUGGCAAUAGUCGGAAGAGUUACUUUUUAUUGAAAAAAAAAGUGUUAGUGCUGUUCGGUUGAUGCAAUAGUUGUAUGUGUGUCAUUUGUGAUAGUGCUGCUUUUUAACGCAAACCGUACAUUGCGUUUGAAUGAAAAUUCGAUUUUAAUGGAAGUUAUUUGUGGUCUACUGAGAAGAUGUUGGUUAAUACAAGCAAAUAAGAACGUGAAGAAUCCGGUGCAGAAAUGGUGUUUACUUUCCUGGAUUACACAAGUUAAUGGAUUAUACGUAUAAAUUAAUAGAAUGAAUUUCGAAGCCAUGACAUGAUCGUUUAGAGUAACUGGUGAUCGUAGACGGUUACCUUGUUUCAUAGUACUGACCGGGUAAUACAGUAAUAGAAUACGUGCGUUUUACAGCUAUGUAGUAAACACUUUAGUUAUCAGCAAGAACAAACAAUAGGACGCGUAACGAUGGAGACUGGUAAUACAGCUACCCUCCCAAUGGGCACCAUUGUACCUGCCCUUGUUCGUCCAAACACACUACUGCCGCCCGAGAAAGAGCCAGUUCAGUUUCAGAUAAACCUUAUUGGGGCCCCGCCAGAAGUGGAACAGCUGAUCGAGCAUAUCAAAACCGUCGCAGAGCAGUUUCUCUAUCAUUGGAAAACGUUCCCUAUCAAUUUACCCUCACCUCUUUCCAUCAACCCUACCACCGGUGGCGUUGGCAACGGAGGUGGCAGCGCUAUUGUUGGCAGCAACAAUAUUAAUAACAUCAAUAGAAAGUCACGCCCGAUCAACUUGCGUGAUCUUUUCAUUGCUCCUCCAUUCGAUGAAUUGGACGCCGUGGCGGCUGAUGGCACGGGUGAACCGCGAUUGCUGAACAAUUCUCAACUGAGAUCGCUACGCGAGCGAGGCUUGCAAAAGGACAAAUUCGGCAAACCGAAGAAAUUAAAUUUGGAACAAUUGGACUCAAUACAGUUGACCGGUGAGUUCGAGGUACCCAGCCUGAAUUUUCCGGGUCAAAUGCAUCGCUGGCGGCUUUCGCAGUUCUUGCAAAAAGGCUCAGAUCGGACACGUGAUUCCCUGCUCGGAGAUUUGGCCAUGUCCGCACGUUUCCUGGUUAUUACUGCUAAGGGAAGACUGUUUGGACACUUUUUCUCGGCUGCUCAUGCUGCGCGCGCUUUUUUGCAAGGGCUGACUAAGUUGAUCGACAUGGUGAUAGGUGUUCCAUCAUUGUUGGCACAGAAUCUCGAUAAUAAAAUUAGAGAAGAGCGAUGUCGCUUCUUGGUAGCCGAGCUAGUUUGUAGAAGUGAAUACGAAGACUGUUUGGAUGCUCUCUGUAGUUAUGUACGACAUCAGCUUCGUAGGGCUACGAUGGAGAAGUUCGAUGUUAAUUGCCAGCAGGCGCAACCGGUACCUUAUCUAUACGUCACACCAAAGGGCCAGGAUAUCGAUAUGCGUCUGUUUUCCAAAGAUAUAAUGCGCAAAGCACUGCCUAUUCUUGUUGGGAUACUAGAAAAGGAAACUCGAGGUUGGUUCUUACAUUUCCGCGAACGUUUAAUUGCUGAGCUUCGGGAACGGAAAAUGACAGAUGCCGAAAUAGAAGAAGAGGUUAACGAUGCCGUAAUGAAAGAGUAUCUGCAGCGGGUUUAUACGUCUAUACUGUCGAACAACGAUUUGGCUGAUCUUGGUGAAAACAUUCCACAGCUUUUAGUGCAGCAAGCACAGUCGGUAGUCAUUAUGCACAAAGCUGUUGACAAAAUACAAAAAGAAUUGAAAAAAUCUCGUGACGAACAACGGAAGAUGCUUCAGGAGGAACAUCCUGUUUUGUCUCGGAUUUCUCCCUGGUUGCGUGCGAAGCUUGAGGCUGGAGAACAAACAAAAAUAUCAAAAAUAACCUGGGGAGCACACGAGGAAGCCCUCAAAACUGCACAGAAGCACAAUUUGCAUCAAUCCGUGUAUUUUCUGAAUCGUGAUUUGGCGUUCAUGAAAGAGCGAGAGCCGGUUCUUCUGAAAGAAUUGAAAAAUGCGAAAACUCCAACAAGAAACUUCCAAUGGGCUUGUCGGAUAUGGUCACCGAAAUCGUGGAUCAUACGCCGUAGCUUCCAAGGUCACUCGGAAGUGAUACCGACGGUUAUUACUCAGCAAGCUACAUCAAUAGUUACCCCCCGAUCGGAUCCUAGUCAGCCAGUAUUCCUCGUAGAGAAGGAAUUGGUCCGCUCAACCAGUACCAGAUGGCCAAUGUGGCGUCUACUGAAUCUCUUCCAACGCACUUGGACUUGGACGUGGAAUAUCAUGUUUUUGUUAGGUGUAAUAGUACCAUGGUGCAGUCCACUUGGUUUUCGCGCUCUGUUUUGCGUUAAACCGUUCAUGGCAGACUUGGAGCUAUCGCAAGUGAACGGAACGCUUUUCCCCCGAAAAACCAGCAUAACACAAACGAUGUGUUCUCGUCUGGUCGAGUUAUGGAGGCAUAUUUCGAAAGCCAGAACACACUUUGAGACGGAACCGGACACGGGAUUUGUGGGGAAAGGCAUGACGAGGCAUUUAAACCGUCUUUAUAACUAUUUCAUCAAAGGCUUCCUCGGUACGCUUGUCAUACUUACAAUGUUUCCCCUGUUGUGUCUAAGUGUUAGUGUUAGCAGCAUAGUAUUUGCCAUAGCAGCGCCCUUGUGGAUGCCCUUUAUCACCAUUACUUUACAUCUUUAUAUGAUGUUGGUGUUCGAUUUGGAUUGUCCAGAUGAAAGUCGUCGUAAUCGUUACUGCAUUUUUCUGGAAGCCGUCGGGUGGAACAUAAUUGUACAAGGUUUGCUUCAGCCGCUUUUAGCUUUGAUAGUGGCAUCGAUGAUAUGUCCCGCUGUAUCUGUAGCAGUGUUGUUUGUUGGAGUGGCCAGAUAUUGGCUCAGAUUGUUCUGGGAUGCAAUAACAUUUCAUCUAUUCAUCAAAAAAUGCGGUCGAGUGCCGGCAAGCGACAGUUUAGCAGUAAAGCGUAUAGCAGGCCCUGGGUUAGCUUUGGAUUAUUAUUUUUCGAUUAGGCCAGAACAAGCUUUGGCUGCUUUUGAAGCAAAGAUGGAGCUCGACGAAUUACAAGCUUACCAACAUUCACUGGAAACAAUCAUAUGCCAACCACAGAAGGAUUUUAGUCAGUUUGUGGAGGCUUGUUUUGGACCCUUUUCGGCGCAACUCUCGAAAACGGUUGGGCCCUAUCGACAGCUCGAACGAGAAGGUCAAGAUUUGAUGACGUCUUUGCAUGAAAAAUUGGAGAAGCGGCGCAGAGAUUUGCAAACAGGUCUGACUACUGCUGUGAAGACGAGAAUCAAACUGAGCACGAUGGAACUGAAAAUAGUCAUUCAGCAGUCGGCUUACAUGCUGGAAAAGUUUUAUCCUUCUCAUGUUAUAGCGAGACUUUCGAUUAGUGAGGAUGAGUUCUGGGACGCAAAGGGUCUCUCCGUCGGAGAUUGGGCAGGGCUAGCCGGAUUGUUGUACGCUGAUAUUUUCAGUUUAGAUUUCUUAACACCAUUAUCGGAAAGCGAUACGCAGUUUAAACUGGAACCUCACUCACAGCUGGAUCUGUCUCGUUAUACCGAAAUGGUACAGAACACUAGCGAUAUAAUGGGAAUCAAUGGCCCAGAUCUGCUGGGUAAUGUCUAUGCACCGCGAGGCAACAUCCAAGUUCAUUCGCCAUAUUUAGAAGUUUCUGCUUUUAAUCCACGCUCACGGGUGAUGAUUAAUUCUAGAAGAGCUGAAAAGAGAAAUGACACGUCCUCUGGCCUGACAACACCACGUGUAAGAGCGCGUCGCUCACCGAUUCCGACACCGAAAUCACGCAACAGUUGGAAACCGUGGAAGCGAAAACAACUGAAAAAACAUGCGACCGAUAAGCUGUUGAUUCCGCUUCCCAUUCCACAUCCUGUGCAUAUAGCCAUAUCAAUCUAUAAUCGUGAUUCAGAGCAUCCCAUUCCGAUUGAAUCGGACAUUUGUUGGGAUAUUUUGCGAUCAAUAGAGGAGUGCCAGGGAGAUUUGGAAGCGAUAUUACGCUUUCGGGAAACAGGAGCCGUUGGGAAUCGUUCAGUCGGAAUCAGUGUCGAUGGAUUGGCAGCAAUCGAUUCCAGCAUUGAUUCGUUAGACUCGCAAAAUUCUUCUAAUUCUGGGACCAAGGACAGUAUGGACAUGAUGGCAGGUGCCAGUGAAACUCUGCCGUGCACCAAUCGCGAAGUAACUAUAAUUAUGCCAUCGACGACAAUGGUGAAUGUAGAUAAUAUCGAUUCGGCAUUGGAUCAGGCCAGCAUUGACGCGGCUGGCGAAGUUACACCUACUCCAGCGCCAGCUCAUUUUCAUUGGACGUUGAGUAACUGGGUUGGUAGCAAUGGCAAUCAAACGGCAGCAGCUGCUCGUCGACGUAAUACGAGCUACACGUACAGCAGCACUGCGAAUGCUGUCCAGGGCAAUUUGCACAGUGCCAGCACUAUCUCACAAAACGACGCUCAGCUCGAACAGAUCCGUGUUGAUCUGGCCAGCCCGGAGGAUAUUUCAUUGGACACUGAUAGUUCUCGAGCUGUAUUCAGUGCUGCUUAUGGAACGACAGUUUAGAAGUUUCGUUUGCUUUCGUUAUUUGAAGAAAACAUUAUAGUUGUGAUAAAAAAGUACAGAUUUACUUUCUUGAUAAGAGAAAUGGUAGUUAAUGUAAGCGUGUGUUAGAAACAUACGAUAUUUACAUCCAGUGUUGAACUUUAUGUUUGAUUUUAAACUUAGUUUUAAUUAGUUUUUGAGAUACAUGUUUCAUAUUUUUCAUAUGAGUUAGUCAGUUUUUCGUUUCGAGUUUUUAUUCCUAUUCUACAUCUUGGUUCGUCUAGUCUAACCUACCACAUCCAAUCCCAACAGGAAAUGUAGUUGUGGUCAACAUAUUUUAAUUAAUGUUUCAUCUGGUUAAUUUUUUACCGAUUUAUGACACUCCCAAAAGAAUUUAUUUUUAGAUACCUAUUUAAAAUAUAUUUAUUCUCUUUCCCAAUCGGUAUAAAGCAGAUAGCGUUUUAUAUUUACAUGGUACUGAAAAAGCUGGAAAUUCUUAUUAAUAUGCAUUCAACCGAAAGGCAAUUAGUAUCUAACGUAAACCAAAUCAAGCACAGAUAAAUCAGCUAAACAAAUCUAGACUAAAUUUAAAUUCGUCUAGAAAUACAAUAUAAUAUACAUAGAAUCUUUUUUAUAUUUAGUGAAGUUGGUCUGCCAAUAAUACCGAGUAGAUCUUAACAAAUUAGCAAUAGGAGUCACAUGAUACAAAAUAUUUAUAGUGUUGUAUUUUUUCUAGUAACACUUAAAAUUGCGUUUAUAAUUUGCGCUUUGUAAAUCUGUACUGAUUUCAUAUAUGCAACCCGGUUAUGAACAGAGCACUGAUCUUACCUUCAAAUCUGAUAAUUCCAGCUCAUAUCAUUCCUUUAUUUGACAGAAACAAAACUGGCAAUUGGUUGAAAAUAAAAACGUACAAUUUCUCAUAAUAAGCGAGUAAGAAGAUAACUAAAAAGAAACAAUAACCUCAAUAGUUAAGAAUACUACUUAUAAAAACAAUACUACUUUUCGAAAUAGUGUAGCAAAAGUCAGCUCGCUAUCAUAAUAUUUCAACUACAACUCUAGUUCUGUAAGACGAAAUCACCAAUCUACGAUAAUGUAGCUUACAAUCUAAUUUAAACAGUACAGUUUCGAAUCGUUACAAAACGUGCUCUCUAAAAAUUACAAUAGAGCAAUAAUACUUCAUGACGAAAAGAUUUACAACUCGAAUAUUAAUUUCCGGUUCUCCUGUAAAAAAUAUUCCUCGCCCUAUUGACCCUUGAUUUACUGCUAACGCCAAAGAUUGUUCAAACGGACAUCUUACACCAAACCGAAGUAAAAAUUCGCAUCACAAUAUCUUCCGCGAAAUAGCAAGUUUUCUCAAUGUAGCUUGAGCGAUAGUAAUUCAUCUGGCAACGUAUCUUGUGUGCUUGCAUAUUUGUGUACAUACAGAAAUUAUCUGUACUAAUCAACCAUAGUAAAACGUUUUCUUUGUAAACCAUAUUUCAUUGAGAUAUAAACAAUAAAGGAGCUGGCGAUGAACUGUUUGCAGAUUAUAA